CGUUGCGGGGCGCUUGUCAUGCGCGUCCACGUCCCUCAGCUGAAAACCCAUUCGCCGGCCACGGCGACGAGAUCCCCCCAUUUAUACGCACAGCUCGCUCGCUCCUCGCCGGAGAUCACAUACACAAGCAUCCAUCGCCGAUCGCAUGAGCGUUGCACAAGCAACUCGACCAGAUAGAUCGAUCCCUUGCAAGAGCUGGAGCGAUGCCUUGCUUGGCGCACGAGUACCACCCCAGGCUCCCGGCCACUAACCACUGCAAGUCCCUCUCCUGCCUCAUCCGGGAGACCUACGCGCACUGCCAUGUCCCCUGCCUCGGGACCCCCGGCGCCCGGUGGAGCUCCGACGACGACAGCGACGACGAUGACAUGCUCGACACGAAACAGGUGAUACUCAACGAGAUGAGGAGGCGGCAGCUGAAGAAGGAGUCGAGGUGCAGCGUGGGCUCGCCGACUCUGUCCAGCGCCUUCGUGUGGUCCUUCACCCCGCUCAUUCUGGAGAAGGUGUCCAGCCCUGAGAAGUUCGUCGUGGUGGAAGGGGAGCAGAAGGAAGAGGCCGAGGCGGGAAGCGACGACGGCGACAUCGAGAGCGAGGCGUUCUUCUCGGUGAAGAGCUUCUUCACGCGCAGCACGAGCCGGGCGGCGACCGUGGCGUCGUUGACGGACAUGGGCCCGCCGGCGACGUGGGAGGGCUUCCGGGACUGCGAGGGCUGGCCGUUCGGGCUGUGCCGCCGCCCCGCCGUGCCGCCGCUGCCCAGCACGCCGGCCGACUCCUGGCAGUGGCGCAAGCAGAGCAGCGGCCGCAACCUCGCCGUGAGCCCGCGCCCUGCGUAUGGUCACAAGAUCACAGCGACUUAAGCGGCGCCGCCGUUGACAAACAAGAACCUUAAUACCCUGUUUGGAUUUGGGUAUGAAUUCUGCGUGCUCUCUGGUAUUCAGUUCAAAUUUGAACUGAAUACUGGGCGCACACAGAAAUCACAGUCACGUUGAGACGUUUCAGAGUGUUGCAGUGGUCUCGUUGUUUCUUCUCCUUGGAAGAAUUUGCAGUUUAUCUCCAAGUGUUCGACUGAUCGUAAUCUCAAUAACUCACAUGCAUGUACUUUCA